AAUAUGCAGCCAGCCACUUGCCUGGAAAGGGUCUGUGCAUGUCCAAGCUGAGGGCAGCAGAUGCUGGACCCAGGGAGCUCUCUGCACCAAGUGAGCAAGCGAGGCCUCCAGGGACUGACUUGCCAACAGCUGGACUUGAUCACCAGCUUGAAACUGAGAUCAUACACUGGGUAGAAUAACAAGCGGACUUUGUUCUCUGGCUGUGCAAAGCGUUGUUUUCCAAGGAAUUGCCACAGCGGCAGACAGAAAACCAGAGAUCACACUACCUGGACCCUUAAGUCUCUUUAGAGAAACAAAGUGUAAGAAAUUCUGCUGCUGGGGAGUGUACAGGAUGAUGAUGACUCUUCGGAGAGCUUGUUCACUGGUUCUCUUCCUCACAGCAUUUCUGCCCCCACCACAACAUGCCCAGGACCCAGCUAUGGUACAUUACAUCUACCAGCGCUUCCAAGUCUUGGAGAAAGGACUGGAAAAAUGUACCCAAACAACAAGGGCAUACAUUCAAGACUUCCAGGAAUUCUCAAAAAACAUCUCCAUCAUGCUAGGGAAGUGUCAGACCCACACAAGUGAAUAUAAGAGUGCAGUCGACAACCUGGCACUGAGAGUGGAGCGUGCCCAGCGGGAGAUUGACUACCUGCAAUACCUCCGGGAAGCUGACAUAUGCAUCGAAUCAGAGGAGAAAACACUGGCUGAAAAGGUACUUCAAGAAGCAGAAGAAGAAAAGAAGGUCCGAGCUCUGUUGAAUGCAAGCUGUGACAACAUGCUGAUGAGUAUAAAGUCUCUGAAAAUAGUGAAGAAGACCAUGGACCCAGAUGGCUCUUGGAUGAAAGAUGCUGGUGGUAACUCUGCAAAAGUGUAUUUAUUAAUUGGAUCUAGACACAACACAGUUUGGGAAUUUGCAAACUUGAGGGCAUUCAUGGAAGAUAGCAGCAAGCCUGGCCCCCGGAAGCUAGUCUUACCACUUUCCUGGCAGGGAUCAGGGCAAGUGAUCUACAGAAGCUUUCUAUUUUUUCACAAUCAAGGAACUUCUAAUGAGAUAAUUAAAUACAAUCUGCAGAAGAAGACUGUGGAGGAUCGAAUGCUUCUCCCAGGAGGGGCAGGCCGAGCACCCAUCUAUCAACACUCCCUAUCCACUUACAUUGACCUUGCUGUGGAUGAACAUGGGCUCUGGGCCAUCCACUCAGGACCGGGUAUCCAAGGCCAUUUGGUUCUCACGAAAAUUGAGCCAGACACUUUGGGGGUAGAGCAUUCAUGGGACACACCAUGUAGAAGCCAGGAUGCUGAAGCUUCAUUCCUCCUGUGUGGGGUCCUCUAUGUGGUCUACAGUUCCGGAGGCCAGGGCCCUCAUCGUAUCACCUGUGUCUAUGAUCCACUGGGCACUGUUAGGGAAGAGCAUCUGCCCAAUUUGUUCUUCCCCAGGAGGCCUAGAAGUCACUCCAUGAUCCAUUACAACCCUAGAGAUAAGCAGCUGUAUGCCUGGAACGAUGGCAAUCAGAUCAUUUACAAACUCCAGACAAAGAAAAGGCUGCCUCUGGAGUAAUGGACAGCAGCUUGGAGGGGGAGUUGUGUGGCUUGGGCAAUGGUUUUCCAGAACACUGAGGUCACAGCCCCUUUACAGUGUAGUACCCCUCUAGAUGCACACAAAAAUAGAAUGUAAAAGUUUAAUUACAUAUUAUUCCUUUCCCAAAUGUCAUUGCCUUAGGUAUCAUUUGAGAGCAUAGAUGAGGCCAUCGUUCCAAAGUUUUGACCAAUACCCCAUCUUCAUCCAAGUCUGAUGGGGCUUAAGACCUCCUCCAUCUAAUCUUAGUCCAAAUCUUUCCUUAUUCCAGCAUUUUCUCUGACUCUAUUCCUCUUCCAGCAAUUAGGAUAUUGCCACCCCUGAUACUCACUGAUUUCUUCUUUGGCUUUCACUCAGGCUCUGUCCUCUUUUUCAAAUGCUUAUAAAUAAUUUUUCAU